ACCCCCCCCCCCCCCCCCUCCCCCAACCCCGCCCCCCCCACCCCCCCUUACCCCCUGCCCCCCCCACAAGUCCCCUACAAACCCCACCCCCACCACAAUCCCCCUCUACACCCCCUCCCCCACAACCCCCUCCCCCUGUUUAGGUCGUCCACCCACCACCAUUCACCUGUCAUUUUUUUCAGAACGGUCUAGGCCUGAAACGUCAGCGUUCCUGCUCCAAUGAUGCUGCUUGGCCUGCUGUGUUCAUCCAGCUCUACACCUUGUUAUCUCACCUGUCAUACGUGACCGUUUCCCGCUCUCUCCUGGACACUAGCUCCAUCAUUCCUUCCCUUGCUGUACCUGACAGGCCUUCAGAACCACAUGACCCCCUAACUCCGGCCAGUUUCACAACCAACCCCACACCGACCCCCUCCCGGGCCUGGAACCGACACUCUCCCACACCAUCGGACAGAAGGCCUCUAGACUUGACGCCUCAUUUCCAGACCACACCAACAAUUAAGCCCCCAACCCGAACUGACACCAGCUAACAGCCUGAAGUCUCCCAGAACUGACCACCCUCUCUGUCUGACUGAUCUAAUGACGUUUCCCGACCCGAACGGAACCGACUUCCCCUUGGCCUUACCCCCACCCCUCCGCUUCCCCGGAUCCGAUCCACCCACACCAGUUACCCUGACCUCCGGAACCGAGCAGCUCCUUUCCUGCCUGCGUGAGCCAUGAACCACCAAACGCCGGAAUCGACAGGCCCCGACCCAAAACACUCACUCAUUCACUUAUCUGGUACCCUACCCACCUGCCAUCCUACCCAGAUGGCAUCCCACUAUUCUGGCAUCUUACUUCCCUCACCCAGUUGGCACUCAACCCCAGUUAUUACUUACAGUUUUAAAGAAGUUGUCAAAGUGGCUGGACAUCUAAAUCUCAGAACAUGGCACACUGAUCGCUGCGUGGUUUUCAUGCCAUUUCACUUUGUUCAUGGAUUUGACAGGUUCGUAACAGGAGCCACCACCUUCAGGAAUCAUCAGCACAAAUUACUUAUAAGGAUGGCUGAUCCUGUCACCCUUAAUGUAGGCGGACACUUAUAUUCAACAUCAAUAUCCACACUAACCAGAUACCCAGACUCCAUGUUAGGAGUCAUGUUUAGGGGUGACUUCCCCACUGCCAAAGACUCUCAAGGAAACUACUUCAUUGAUAGAGAUGGACCUCUCUUCAGAUACAUCUUGAAUUUUUUAAGGACUGCAGCUUUGACACUACCUCAUGGCUUUAAAGAAAUCGACCUCCUGAGAAAAGAGGCUGACUUUUAUCAGAUAGAGCCUUUGAUUCACUGUCUGAAUGAUCCCAAGCCCCUGUACCCAUUAGAUACCUUUGAGGAAGUGGUGGAACUGUCUAGUACGCGCAAACUUUCCAAAUAUUCAAAUCCAGUAGCUGUUAUAAUCACACAACUGACUGUCACUACUAAAGUUCAUUCGCUGCUGGAGGGUAUUUCAAACCAUUUCACAAAAUGGAAUAAACACAUGAUGGAUACCAGAGACUUCCAAGUGUCUUUCACGUUUGGACCCUGCGAUUAUCAUCAGGAGGUGUCUCUUCGUGUUCAUCUGAUGGAGUACAUUGCAAAGCAAGGCUUUACCAUCAGAAUGACAAGGGUACAUCACAUGAGUGAGAGAGCCAACGAGAACACAGUGGAACACAACUGGACCUUUUGUAGGCUGGCACGAAAAACUGAAGACUGACCAUCCUUAGUGGUAAAUUUUAUAAUGAAUAGUUAUGGCACAAUGUAAUUGAAUAUCCAGGUAACCAUGUUCUUCAAUUCUUCUAUUGAAAAGUUACUUUUUGUACAAUAGCAAAGUAUUCCUAUGCAUAUUGUAACCAAAUGAUGCUGUUGAAAGAAGGUAUUAAAUGUACGAUGUAUAUUCCUUUAAUGUUCUAUUAACAGUAUGUUCUAGAUUUGUAUUUCCUCAAGCAAAUACAUGAAAUUGUAGCUUUUCCCUGUUCUCUCCAUAUACUGAUGAAAUAAAUUGAAAAGAUCAAAA